AUGGUGGCCGUCUUCGCCGUGGUGAUGGCGCCAUCGUGGGCCCUGCCCAUAUCAGAGUUUCUGGAAAACGGGGUCCUCCCCAUGGACGAGACCGAAGCCCGGCAAGUGCAGCGCCAGGCGUCCACCUACAGCAUCAUCAACAACGAGCUCGUCAAGCGCAGCUCCACCAGCGUGUUCCAACGCUGCGUCAAGCAAGACAAGGGCAUGAGAUCCUCCUCGACAUACACCAGGUUCACCAAAUGGAUCGAAGCGAGGCCAAUCAAGAAACUGGACGGGCCAACGGCCAUCCGAUUCGUCAAGGACAUCGCGGUGCGCUACGGCAUGCCGAACAACAUCAUCACGGACAACGGCACCAACUUCGCCAAGGGCGCACUCGCUCAGUACUGCUCCGUCUCUGGCAUCUGCCUCGACCUGGCUUCCGUUGCACACCCGCAGUCCAACGGCCAGGUAGAUCAGGCCAACGGCCUCAUCCUAUCCGGCAUCAAGCCGCGGCUCGUCGAGUCGCUCAUCCGUUCACCCAGCAGCUAG